AUGCCCGCACACUGUCCUGCGUCGGACUCGUCCCUCGGCAAGCUGCUGGAGUUCUGCAGACGUGUUGUCGCGGAGCAGAGCACGGUCCUUGUCACAGGGGGCAUCGUGGCCACUGCCGGCCAGUUUACCAGUUGGUGGUUCGGCGCGUACUCCAUCGUAGCGGGUGUCUUCAUCUGCCUGCUGGAGUACCCCCGCGGGAAGAGGAGAAAGGGGUCCACCAUGGAGAGAUGCGGACAGAAGUACCUGACCAAAGUGGUGAAGGUGUUGGGACCUCUCUCCAGGAACUACUACGUCCGGGCCAUCCUGCACCUGGGGCUCUCGGUACCUGCCGGCUUCCUGCUUGCCACCAUCCUGGGGACAGCCUGCCUGGCCAUCGCGAGCAGCAUCUAUCUGCUGGUGAGUGGCAUCCCCUGUGGUUCGCCCCCUGGCACGUGCCACCCCCGUCCCCAAAGCCAGCUGUGCAGGCAGAGCCAAGGCCGAGCCCGUGUCCUUGCUUGUGCCGGGGCGGGGUCCUGA